AUGCGCGACUGGACGUGGGAGGAGCUGCGCGAUGUUUUUCAGGCGCGCGGCUACCACAAGACGCCGCUGAGCGUCGAGAGACUCGAUGAAAAGAACAAGAAUGUGCUCCUGCAGAUUAUGCGCACGCUCAUGAACGAGCGCGAGGAAGACGCACAGGUGCGCGAGCGCCUCCUCGCGCGCAACCAGGAGCUGGAGCGGCGCGUGCAGACGACGCAGCGCACGACCAAGCACGCGUCGGACAAGACACAGAAUGUCGAGAACCGCUUGCACACGAUCGAGUCGCGGCUGCAAAACGCACACCGCGCACUGGCCGACGAACAGGCCGCGCACAAAGCGACGCGCGAGCAGCUCGGCCGCGCACGCAAGCAGAUGCUGCAGAUGAAGGCGGCUACGGCACAGCACCGCACUGCGACCGACCGCCGCUCGGAGCGCCUGCGCGAGCGCAUGACGACGCUUUCCCUCUCGAACCUCAAGGCGCUCGUGCCGGAUAUCCGCAUCGCGAGCCCCGCGUUUGUCGCGAAAUCGACCACGCCCGAGGCCGAGAUUGCCGAGCAGCAGCUCUCGGCCACGGAGCAAAAGAACCUCGCGCUGAUGGACGCGACACACGCGCUCAAGAAACUCGCGGCGGAUGCGCUCACGUCGCUGCACCAGGCCGAUGUGCGUCUGCAAAAGAUUAUCGAGGUCGAGGUGCCGCACGAGGCGCGCGGCGCGCGCGAGGGCGGCGAGCCGCAGCUCGCGCAGCUCUUCCCCCCGCUGCGCCCGCUUGUGGUGGACGAUACAGAAGAGACGCAUCCUGCACGCAAGCGUCUGCACACCUUGUCGCGUGCGCUGCAAGAGCACGUUGCUCAGCUGUCCCAGUGGGCUGCGCUGAGCCAUGUGCGGAGCGAGUAUACCCCCGCGGAGCGCGGCGCGGCGCCCGUGUCGCCGACCCCUGCGGACCUCGCCGAGGUCCAGCAGGUCGAGGCCGAUCUGCUGCUGCCCGGCAAGCGGCGGCGUGUGAGCGAAUCGUAG